ACCAUUUCCAUUCUAGUCCAAACAUUUGAAUAAAUUAGAAAGUAGUUCAAAUUCUAGUGAUACCUGAGACAAUAGCUUGCAACAUGUUUUUCCAACUCCAAACUAAUUCCCCACACUCUGUUUUCUCAUUUAUUCCCUCAAGCUCCAUCUCUUCUACAUGAAAUUUUGCUCUAAAUAUGUCAACACAAUGGCUUAGUCUAGUAGCCGCUAUGUGGCUUCAAUCCAUAAGUGCCACAAACACAAACUUCCCGGCCUAUUCUUCCCAGCUCAAAAGCCUCCUCUCCAUCUCACAGCUUCAGCUCAACAACUUGGCCUUCGCUUCCGACGCUGGCAAGAUUCUUGCAUGCUUUUCCGGCCUGGCUGCAGCCCAUCUGCCCUUGUGGCUAACCCUCUUCAUAGGCUCAGUUAUCGGAUUUAUUGCUUAUGGUGCACAAUAUAUUAUGUUGGACCUCCUUACUUCACCACCCUAUUCAGUUUUCUUUAUUUUAAGUAUUGUGGCAGGAAAUAGUAUUUGUUGGAUUAAUACUGUUUGCUACAUUCUUAUCAUACAAAAUUUUCCUCUGGAUAUGCAACUUUCUCUGGGCUUAUCGACUAGUUAUCAGGGGUUGAGUGCAAAGAUUUAUGGGGAUAUAGUUGAAGUUGUGUACAAGAAUUCUUCAGCUAGUGAAAAAGCAAGAGGGUAUCUUUUGUUAAAUUCUGUUUUGCCUUUUAUAGUUUGUAUAAUGGUUGCCCCUUUAGUCGCUAGAUCAUCUGAUAAUAUUGGUGAUAGCACAAGUUCAGGUGGUGGCUCAUCUUAUACUUGUAGCAGAAAAUUGUCGACUGGAUUUGUUGUGAUGUUUCUGAUAACCACGGCUACUGGAAUCUUUGCUGUGAUUAGUACUAGUUUGGGUGACUUGAUAUUAAGAUCUAGUACAAGCACUCCGUUGAUUGUAUUGAUUGGUAUCAGUGUUUUGGUUAUUUUCUUUCCAAUUACUGUUCCUCUGGUGGAGAAGAUCAGAGAAAAUGUGCAGCACAAGUGUUGGAUAAGAGAGAGGAGGGUCCGUAGUUUUCCUGCAGAUGAACAGGCAGAAAAUGGGAAUCAGGCUCUCGCUUUGUCUGUAGAAACUGGUGCGGUGAAACAUGGAGACAACAAUGCUGUACAAGUUGAUGAGCAGGAGACGGGACCAUGGUUGAUGAUUAAGAAAUUGGAUUUCUGGAUUUAUUUCUUUGUUUACAUGUUUGGCGCGACAAUUGGGCUGGUUUAUCUGAACAAUUUGGGACAGAUUGUGGAGUCGAGGGGGCACUCCAGAACGACUUCAUUGGUGUCACUUUCAUCUUCCUUUAGUUUCUUUGGGCGUCUAAUUCCAUGUCUGCUCGAAUACUGUUUUACCAGGGCAAGGUACAUGAGUUCAAGAGCCGGAGCAAUGGCAGUGAUGAUGGCACCGAUGACCGGAGCCUUUUUCAUCCUACUUAUAGACAGCAACAUAUGCCUCCAUAUUAGUACAGCUAUUAUAGGUUUAUCCACCGGAGCCAUCUCCUCAAUCGCGGUCUCAGCCACUAGAGAGCUCUUUGGAGCCAAAAGGUUUGGAGUUAACCAUAACAUUGUGAUAAUAAACAUCCCCAUCGGAUCCAUCAUAUUCGGUAGCUUGGCAGCAAUGCUUUACCGGAAAAAUGGAGGCUUUGAUGAUGAUGGAAAGUGCAUGGGCAUGAAAUGUUACAAUACAAGUUUUAUUGUAUGGGGAUCACUGUGUUGUUUAGGGACUUUGUUAGCUGCAAUACUUCACUCCAGAACUAGAAAAUUUUGCUCAUAUGUUAACUGAUCAGGGUUAUAGAUUCUUACUUGUGUCGUCAUUACUCUAUAUGCUAAGCUUAAGCUGUACCACGAGUCUUCCUGUGAAUAAGAUUUUUACCCCUCCUUUCCAUCGAGGUGUAAAAUGAUUGGUAUUUUACAUGAUAGGUAUCCGG